AUGAAGGUAACGGAACAGUGGAAUUACACAUACAUGGCGUCCUCACACAAUUUCCCUCCGUUCAAUCAGGGUAAAGAAUCGUGGGACGUCUAUGUCACCCGAUUCGAGUGUUUCCUGAUAGCCAAUGACUAUACGAAUCUGUCGCCAGAGCGCAAGAGGGCUUAUUUCUUAAAUUUUUGCGGAACGGAGAUAAUAGCCCGACGCCAGCAUUUCUACCACCGCGACCUGGCUCCGGGGGAGUCAAUUAAUCAAUACGUCGCCGCGCUGCGUAGGGCAGCCCGGCAUUGCGAGUUUGUAAAUCUGGAUGAUUAUCUACUUGACCGCCUUGUUAUCGGAGUGAGAGAUCAAAAUCUGAAGCAACGGUUAAUCGCUAACCAUGAAUUAACCUUCCAAAUGGCAUUGGCUGAGGCGUGCGCUGCAGAAUUAGCCACUCUGUCCUUUGCCGAACUGCCCCGGGGCCAGAGCCCGCCAAAAACGGAACAAGAAGUAAGCGGUACAAACGAAAUCAAAGCUGAGGCAUUUUCUGACUCAGAAGAGGAGGAGCUAGAAGUUUGCCGCAUUCGAGAGGCUCCCGCAGUCCCGUCCUGCAGCACGAAGUGUCUGAACGGGGGAAGCUGCGCCGAGGAGGCCUGCCUGUGCCAGAAGGGAUAUACCGGGAAUCACUGCGGCCAACCCAUCUGCGAAGGAGGGUGCCAGAACGGCGGACGAUGCAUCGGGCCCAACCGCUGUGCCUGCGUGUACGGAUUCACAGGACCCCAAUGCGAGAGAGAUUACCGCACGGGACCCUGCUUCAGCCAGGUGAACAAACAGAUGUGCCAAGGCCAGCUGAGUGGGAUCGUGUGCACCAAAACCAUGUGCUGUGCCACCAUCGGCCGCGCCUGGGGCCACCCCUGCGAGAUGUGUCCGGCCCAGCCGCACCCUUGUCGCCGCGGAUUCAUUCCCAACAUCCGUACCGGAGCCUGCCAAGAUGUGGACGAGUGCCAAGCCAUCCCCGGAUUGUGCCAAGGGGGGAACUGUCUCAACACCGUGGGCUCCUACGAAUGCAAGUGCCCGGCGGGUCACAAGCAGAGUGAGACCAACCACAAGUGCGAAGAUACGGACGAGUGCAGCAGCACGCCCGGCGUGUGCAACGGGGGCGAGUGUACGAACACGGUCGGGAGCUACGUCUGCGCCUGCCCACGAGGGUUCAUGACCAGCCCAGAUGGAUCCCGUUGUGUGGACCAGCGGAUUGGCACUUGCUUCUCGGCACUGAUCGGUGGACGGUGCGCAGGGGAGCUUCCUGGCCAGUACACCAAGAUGCAAUGUUGUUGUGACUCCGGGCGCUGUUGGGCCAUUGCACAAACUCCCGAGAUGUGCCCCGUACGGGGAUCAGAUGAAUACCGUUGGUUAUGCAUCGAAGGACUUCCCGUCGUUCCAGGCUUCCCUGGCACCUUUCCGGGCCUUCCCAGCUUCGGUCCCAAUGGAGUUGGGCCGGGGAUAAGUGGUCCUGGAGGAUUUGGACCCAACGGAGCCAACGGACAAGGGGGCAUCCCUGGAUUGCCAGGGACGGGCCCCGGGAGUUCUAGCAUCGGCACAGCGACGCUGAACCAGACGAUCGACAUUUGCAAGCAUUUCACCAACCUGUGCUUGAACGGGCGCUGCAUCCCCACCCCGUCCAGCUACCGUUGCGAGUGCAACAUGGGCUACAAGCAAGACGUGCGGGGCGAGUGUAUCGACAUGGAUGAGUGUUCGAGCAGCCCCUGCCUCCACGGCGAUUGUGUGAACACCCCCGGCUCCUACCACUGCAAGUGCCACGAAGGUUUCCAGAGCACGCCCACCAAACAGGCCUGCAUUGAUAUCGAUGAAUGCAUCAUGAACGGUGUGAUGUGUAGGAAUGGACGCUGUGUAAACACCGACGGGAGCUUCCAAUGCAUCUGCAAUGCUGGCUUUGAAAUCACACCGGAUGGGAAGAACUGUGCAGAUCACGACGAAUGUGCCACCACCAACAUGUGCCUGAACGGAAUGUGCAUCAAUGAGGACGGGAGCUUCAAGUGCAUUUGCAAGCUGGGCUUUGUGCUGGCCCCCAACGGGCGGUACUGCGUUGACAUUGACGAGUGUGAGACUCCCGGAAUUUGUAUGAAUGGCUGGUGUAUCAACACCGAGGGCUCCUUCCGUUGCGAGUGCCUGGGAGGACUGGCCAUCGGCGUGGAUGGACGGGUCUGCGUGGAUACCCAUGUUCGCAGCACCUGUUACGGUGGCAUCAAGAAGGGCACCUGCGCUCGUCCCUUCCCGGGAGCCGUCACCAAAUCCGAAUGUUGCUGUGCCAAUCCGGACCACGGAUUUGGAGAACCGUGCCAGCCUUGUCCUGCCAAAAACUCCGCUGAAUUCCAAGCGUUGUGCAGUAGCGGAAUAGGGAUCACAGCUGACGGACGAGAUAUCAACGAGUGCGCCUUGAACCCUGACAUUUGCCCCAACGGGAUGUGCGAAAACCUUCGAGGGAGCUACCGCUGCAUUUGCAAUCUGGGCUACGAAUCGGACCCCACUGGGAAGAAUUGCGUGGAUGUUGAUGAAUGUGCCAUCAAUCGCCUGUUGUGUGACAACGGUUUGUGUCGCAACACGCCUGGGAGCUACAGCUGCAGCUGCCCCAAGGGAUUUGUCUUCCGGACCGAGACAGACACAUGUGAAGAUAUCAAUGAAUGCACGUCCAAUCCCUGUGUUAACGGACUCUGCCGGAACAACGCCGGAUCCUUUGCGUGUGAGUGCUCGCCCGGAAGCAAAUUGGAUCUCAGUGGCACCAUCUGUGUUGACAGCAUGAAGGGCACCUGUUGGCUCAACAUCCAAGAAGGACGCUGUGAAGUCAACAUCAAUGGAGCUACCUUAAAGUCCGAAUGCUGUGCUACACUGGGGGCUGCCUGGGGCAGCCCCUGUGAACGCUGUGAGAUCGAUGCCGCCUGUCCGCGAGGUUACGCCAGGAGGAAGGGUCUCUCUUGUGAAGAUGUGAACGAGUGCGACGUCUUCCCGGGCGUUUGCCCCAACGGCCAUUGUGUGAACACAGCAGGGUCCUUCCGAUGUGAAUGUCCAGAAGGCUUGACCUUGGAUGGUUCUGGCCGGACCUGCGUGGACGUGCGGCUGGAGCAGUGUUACAUGAAGUGGGCCGAGGAUGAGUGCACCGUGGCGUUGCCUGGGAAAUACCGCAUCGAUCUUUGCUGCUGCUCCGUCGGCGCGGCCUGGGGCAAGGACUGCGAGGAAUGCCCCAAGCCCGGCUCGGCUGAAUUCAAAGCCAUCUGUCCACGGGGAUCCGGCUUUGCCAACAGGGGAGACGUCUUAUCCGGCAGGCCUUUUUACAAAGAUGUGAACGAAUGCAAGAUGUUCUCUGGUCUUUGCACCCACGGCACUUGUCGAAACACCAUCGGGAGCUUCCGGUGUCUCUGUGGCAGUGGCUUCGCUCUGGAUGCUGAGGAGAGGAACUGCACAGAUAUAGACGAGUGCCGGAUCUCGCCAGACCUGUGCGGCCACGGUGCCUGCGUCAACACGCCCGGCGGUUUUGAGUGCGAAUGCUUCGAAGGCUACGAGAGCGGCUUUAUGAUGAUGAAGAACUGUAUGGAUAUUGAUGAAUGCGAGAGAGACCCUCUCCUGUGCCGCGGAGGGGUCUGCGUCAACACCGAGGGCAGCUUUGAGUGCCUUUGCCCUCCGGGCCAUGAGCUGACCGCCGAGGGCAACGUCUGUGUAGAUAUCAACGAGUGCUCCCUGAGUGACAGCCUGUGCCGGAAUGGGCGCUGCGUGAACGUCAUUGGCACCUACCAGUGUGCGUGUGAUUCUGGAUACCAGGCCACCCUAGACCGGCAGGGCUGUGUUGAUAUAGACGAGUGCACCAUCCUGAACGGCGGCUGUGACACCCACUGUGCCAACGCCGAGGGCAGCUACGAGUGCAGCUGCGGGGAAGGCUAUGCCCUGAUGCCGGAUAAGCGGUCGUGCGUGGAUAUCGAUGAAUGUGAGGACACCCCAGAUAUUUGCGAUGGUGGCCAGUGCACCAACAUCCCCGGGGAAUACCGCUGUCUCUGCUUCGAUGGCUUCAUGGCAUCCCUGGACAUGAAAACUUGCAUUGAUGUGAACGAGUGUGACCUGAACCCCAACAUCUGCCUGCACGGGGAAUGCGAGAACACCAAGGGAUCCUUCAUCUGCCAUUGCCAGCUGGGCUACUUUGUCAAGAAAGGGACGACGGGGUGCACAGACAUCGACGAGUGUGAAAUUGGGGCUCACAACUGUGACAUGCACGCUUCGUGCAUCAACAUCCCGGGGAGUUUCCGGUGUAAGUGCCAGCUGGGCUGGCUCGGCGAUGGGCUGAAAUGCAACGAUCUGGACGAGUGUGCCACCGAGGCGCACAGCUGCAACCUGAACGCCAACUGCCUGAACACGCCGGGCUCGUUCCGCUGCGCGUGCCAGGAAGGCUUCAGCGGUGAUGGCUACUCCUGUUCUGAUGUGGACGAAUGUGCCGACAACGUCAACCUCUGUGAGAACGGGCAGUGCCUCAACGCCCCCGGGGGCUACCGCUGUGAGUGCGAAAUGGGAUUCAACCCCACUGAAGACAGCAAGGCUUGCCAAGGUGAGCUGAUUUGGGAACUGGAUAAGAAGGAAGACAUAGACGAGUGCCAGGAGCUGCCAGGCCUGUGCCAGGGUGGCAAUUGCGUUAAUACCUUUGGGAGCUUCCAGUGUGAGUGCCCCCCGGGCUAUUACCUGAAUGAGGACACCCGUAUUUGCGAAGACAUCGAUGAAUGCUCUGCUCACAUCGGCAUCUGCGGGCCGGGGACCUGUUACAACACACUCGGCAACUACACCUGCGUGUGCCCCCCAGAGUACAUGCAAGUCAACGGAGGGAACAACUGUAUGGACAUGCGGAAGAGCCUUUGCUACCGGAACUACAACGACACCUGUGAGAACGAGCUCUCCUUCAACAUGACCAAGAAGAUGUGCUGCUGUUCCUAUAACAUCGGCAAAGCCUGGAACAGGCCCUGUGAGCCCUGCCCCACACCGGCCAGCUCUGAAUACCAGAUCCUGUGCGGCAACCAGGCGCCCGGCUUCAUCAUCGACAUUCACACAGGGAAACCAAUUGAUAUUGACGAGUGCAGUGAGAUUCCAGCCAUUUGCACCAAUGGCGUCUGCAUCAAUCAGAUCGGCAGUUUCCGCUGCGAAUGCCCCAUCGGCUUCAGUUACAACAACAUCUUGCUGAUCUGUGAAGACAUAGAUGAAUGCAGCGGAGGGGAAAAUCUCUGCCAACGAAACGCCGAUUGUUUAAAUAUCCCCGGCAGUUACCGGUGUGAAUGCUCUUCAGGAUACAAGUUGUCGCCGAGCGGAGCGUGUGUCGGCCGCAAUGAGUGCCAAGAGAUCCCCAACGUUUGCAGCCAUGGGGAUUGUGUCGACACAGAAGGGAGUUACCUUUGCAUCUGCUACAAUGGGUUCAAAGCCACGGGGGACCUGACCAUGUGCAUGGACAUCGACGAAUGCGACCGCCAACCCUGCGGGAACGGCACCUGUAAGAACACAGUGGGGUCCUACAACUGCCUUUGCUUCCCGGGCUUCGAACUGACCCACAACAAUGAUUGCAUGGAUAUCGACGAGUGCUCCUCCCUGGCUGGGCAAGUCUGCCGCAACGGACAGUGUAUCAACAACAUGGGGUCCUUCCGGUGCCUGUGCCAGGAGGGCUACGACCACACACCGGACGGCAAGAAUUGCAUUGACAUCAACGAGUGUGUCAGCCUACUGGGAAGCUGCUCCCCGGGAACGUGCCACAAUUUGGAAGGCUCCUUCCGUUGCAUUUGCCCUCCCGGCUACGAAGUGCAGAAUGACAACUGUAUCGAUAUCAACGAAUGUGAGGAAGACCCCAACAUCUGUCUGUUCGGUACCUGCACCAACACCCCUGGCACUUUUCAGUGCAUCUGCCCACCUGGUUUUGUCCUGUCUGACAAUGGUCGGCGCUGCUUUGACACCCGCCAGAGUUUCUGCUUUACCCGCUUCGACAACGGCAAGUGCUCGGUGCCCAAAGCUUUCAACACCACCAAGGCUCGAUGCUGUUGCAGCAAGAUGCCAGGCGAAGGCUGGGGAGACCCCUGCGAGCUGUGCCCCCAGGAGGGCAAUGUUGCCUUCCAAGAAUUGUGUCCAUACGGCCACGGCGCCAUUCCGGGGCUCGGAGAUUCCCGAGAAGACGUGAACGAGUGCGCGGAGAAUCUGGGUAUCUGUAUUAACGGCGCCUGCAUCAACACGGACGGGUCCUUCCGCUGCGAAUGCCCCUUCGGCUACAACCUGGACUACACCGGGGUCAACUGCGUGGACACGGACGAAUGCUCCAUCGGCAACCCAUGCGGGAAUGGUACCUGCACCAACGUGAUCGGGGGCUUUGAAUGCGCCUGCGAUGAAGGAUUUGAGCCGGGGCCAAUGAUGACCUGCGAAGAUAUCAACGAGUGCGCCUUGAACCCGCUGCUCUGUGCUUUCCGAUGCCUCAACACGCUCGGUUCCUACGACUGCACCUGCCCAGCCGGGUACACCUUGCGGGACGACCGCAGAAUGUGCAAAGAUUUGGACGAGUGCGCCCACGGCAUGCACGAUUGCGAGUCGCACGGGAUGAUGUGCAAGAAUCUGAUCGGCACCUUUGCUUGCAUCUGCCCACCUGGGAUGCAACGUCGGCCGGACGGUGAAGGCUGCACAGACGAGAACGAAUGCCGGACCAAGCCGGGCAUCUGCCCCAACGGGCGCUGCGUGAACACCGUGGGCAGCUACCACUGCGACUGCAACGAAGGCUUCCAGAGCAGCCCCUCGGGCACCGAGUGCCUCGACACUCGCCAAGGCUUCUGCUUCACCGAGGUGCUCCAGACGUUGUGCCAGAUGUCCUCCACCAACCGGCAGCAGGUCACCAAGUCCGAGUGCUGUUGCAACGGAGGACGAGGCUGGGGGCCCCAGUGCGAACCCUGCCCCUUCCUGGGCACAGCCCAGUACAAGAAGAUGUGCCCCCACGGGCCGGGCUACAUGACUGACGGGAGAGAUAUCGACGAAUGCAAAGUGCUGCCCAAACUUUGCCAUCACGGCCAGUGCAUCAACACCGUGGGCUCCUUCCGCUGCCACUGCCACCUCGGCUACACCCUGGACAUCACCGGGACCCUCUGCCAGGACCUGGACGAGUGCAGCCAGUCUCCCAAACCUUGUAAUUUCAUCUGCAAGAACUCAGAGGGCAGCUUCCAGUGUUCCUGCCCCAGAGGGUACAUCCUGCAGGAAGAUGGCAAGACUUGCAAAGAUUUGGACGAGUGUUCCACGAAGCAGCACAACUGUCAGUUCCUCUGCGUGAACGUCAUUGGCGGCUUCAACUGCAAGUGCCCUCCAGGAUUCACCCAGCACCAUUCUUCCUGCAUCGACAACAACGAGUGCACCUCCCAGCCGACGCUAUGCGGGUCGAAAGGACACUGUCUGAAUACCCCCGGCAGCUACAACUGCGAAUGCCAGAAGGGAUUUAUUCUGGAUAACUCCGGAAGCAGUUGCGAAGAUGUGGACGAGUGUGACGGGAACCACCGGUGUCAGCAUGGUUGUCAGAACGUGCUCGGGGGAUACCGCUGCGGCUGCCCCCAAGGCUACAUCCAGCACUACCAGUGGAACCAGUGCGUGGAUGAGAACGAGUGCUCCAGCUCAGCGAUCUGCGGCUCGGCCUCUUGUUACAACACGCUGGGAAGCUUCAAGUGUGUCUGUCCGUCCGGCUUCGACUUCGACCAAGCCCUGGGCGGUUGCCAGGAUGUGAAUGAGUGCGCAGCCGGAGGGAGCCCCUGCAGCUACGGAUGCUCCAACACCGAGGGGGGCUACCUCUGUGGCUGCCCCACCGGCUAUUUCCGGGCAGGGCAAGGGCACUGUGUCUCAGGACUGGGCUUCGCCAAGGAAAGCUAUUUCCCGGCCCCCCCAGAAGAGGACGAAGAGAACCUGUUGUCUCCGGAAGCCUGUUACGAAUGCAAGAUCAACGGAUACCCCAAGAGGGGUCGCCAGCGGCGCAGCGCCAACAGCACCCAGGCCCACCAGGAUCCGGGGCUCAGCUUGGCCAGCAUCGAUGUGGAGGCGCCUUUAGUUUUCGCCUUGAACCUUUCGGAUCUGGGCCGGAAGUCCCACAUCCUGGAACUCCUUCCCGCCGUGGAGCCCCUGGAGAACCACAUCCGCUACGUCAUCGCGCAGGGCAACUGGGACGGCCACUUCCACAUCCAACAGAAAGAGGGCCUGAGUUACCUGCACGUAGGCCGCAAGCCAGCCGCCCCCGGGACCUACCUGCUGGAGAUCGUCAGCGUGCCCUUGUCCCGCGUUCGAGAACUGCCGAAACCGGAGGCCGGCAAGGAACUCGACUCCGUGGCUGGAGAGUUGGGCCAGGCCCUGAAGAUGAAGCUGCAGCUUCGCCUCUUUUAACCCCCUCUCAGAGACCCCAGACCCAGGCUGUACCACGCUCCGUUUUGACCCUCCCCGCCCCGAAAGCAAGCCCUCCAUUCUUCCAGCAUCCGCUCUCCACCACCCGGGGGCUCGAAGGAGGGGGGCAGCCCUAAAUCCAGACCACAGCCCUCCCGCUGACCCCAGCCCAGUCCCUGUUUCCCCCUCCCCUUUUUAAAUCCCCCUGCUUCCACAGCUGACACGCACUACAGCGAAUGGACCAGCACGACACGGUCGCCGUGGAAGGCUGGCAUUCCGUGUCCGAACCAAAGGAAAAACAUUUCUGUGCAAAAACGCCUCCCCUGCAUUUCCUCUUCGGCGGGAGGCACCGCGUGCCUUAAACCCAGGACAGCCAGGCCCCUCUUUGUUGUCCUCUGGGGCAGAGGAGCCUGCCAUCCUGUGCCCGGAGGCAUCGGUGAGCGUGCCAAUUGCAGCGUGCCUCUUUGCACCCGCAGCGUGUUACCAAAGAGGCUUCACUCGUGCGGUCGCCAUUUUGACUUUUUUGACCCCCUUCCCUGCAGACGUCUGUGUUUCAACCCCACCCUCCCCCCCCCGGGAAUCCCUGGCCAGCACAGCCAGCAGGGUUGAUAAGGGACCUCUGCAGGGCGAGUCGUUGCCUGCUCUGUUUUACGCCCAUCCGAAGUCUGGACUCCGCUAACCGAGCAGCAGAGAUGUGCCUUGAACAUUGAAGUGGAACAGUCGUCUCUUCGAAUUCCAAAGGAACAAAUGCUCUUAUUGAAAAGGGGAGGGGGGAUACCUUUGCUUGGAGUUGCG